AUGGGGCUUCUGGACAGCCGCAAGUCGCCCUUUGCGUCUGCAGUUUUGAAGAGCAGUGGCAAGCAUCGCAAAUGGGUGGUGGGGACCAUGCACGACGUCUUCGACCAGGUGUGGCGCACCAUGUUUCAUGAGGAUCGGCACCCCAAGGACGUAGAGAUGUGCCACGAUGGCAAGCCACUGCCAUUCUCAGUGUAUGCAACCUGCAGGCUGCUGGACGUUUCACCUGGGGCCCCAAGAAGCCGCAUGUUUGAGGGCAUCCGCACCAUAGCCGCCCUGUACCUCCGAGCAGACGUCACAGCGAUGUCAAAUUGCAUUGCAGCAUUUGGAUUGGACACUCUACUGUAUUCCAAGGUUCCUGCUUACGCACUGUUCGCCAAGGCAGGAUCCAGCCUCCAGUGCCGCUCACUGGCUUCCAAAGCGAUGGUGAAGGACCUCAUGGUCCUGUUCGAGGGUUUGCUGGUGGAGUACUUCAGUCAGGGCUGGGACAACAUAGAGGUCAUAUUGAAGGCGAAUGAGGCUGACCUGCAGCAGAGCGGGAUGGUGUGCGUCUGGGAGCCGACGAAAGCCGCAGAGGUUGAGCCAGGGAAUAAGAAGGGCUGCAGAAAGGGCGGUGAUGCUCCGAUGCUGUCUUCAAGGGAGAGAGCAAAGGCGAACUGGAGACGGGCCUACAAAGUUGCCUUGAAGCAGGUGACGCUCAACACACUUGGAGUCCAGAGGCGCUUCCUGACUAUGCAUCAGAUGUUCCAAGAAUUGCAUGGCACCAAAGCUGACCCAGGCACUGAGGAGAAGCGACGGCAGCCCACGUUGCUGCUGCUGGGUGGCGGGAUGGCAGCCGGCAAGAGUACCGUUCGGGAGAUCAUUGGGCAUGACGACUUCUGGAGCAAGGUCGGUCCCAGCGCUGUGGUGGUGGAGGCAGACGCCAUCAAGAACCAGGACGUGGUGUUCCAGGCACUGUCAGAGAGGCUGGGCGGCGAUCCAGCCAUCAGCCAGCUGGUGCACGAGUAUUCCACAAGCAACGCCGAAGGCAUGCUGGUGGCAGCGGUGAAUGGUCAGAAGGACAUCGUCUUUGAUGGCACCAUGACGUGGCUGCCCUUCGUGCAGCAGACGAUCGCCAUGGUCAGGGACCACGAGCACCAGUACACCAGGGGUGCUGGAUGGUAUCAGGACGCCGAUGGAAACUUCUGUGAGGAGUAUUGGAAGGUGUGCGAAGGUGCCCCAGUGGAUCCCAAGGACAGGCUGCCUUACAGAAUCGAGCUGGUCGGAGUCACGUGCGACCCAGCGCUGGCCGUGGGGCGAGGGAUCUGGCGCAAGCUGCGGACGGGGAGGGGGGUGCCUGUCAGCAGCCAGCUGCGGUCCCACAGGCUGUUCGCGCAGAAUUUUGAGACCAUGGCAGACCUGGUGGACACGGCGACGCUGUACCACACGGGCAGCAAACUGACGACGUUCACCGGCAACCGGGUGGAGCCCAAGGUGAUCGCGCACAAGAGCGCUGCGACGCGGGGCGAGAUGCUGGUGAACCCCACGGCCUGGGAGCAGUUCCUGGGCCUCAAGAACAUCAACGAUGACGCCACGUCCGUGCCCAACCUCCUCAAGGCGCGAAAGUCGUCGUCCAGCUUCGGCAGCAGGGGCCAAGUCGGGAGGACUUUCACCAAGCAGCUGAUCCACAUCGAGUCCGGCAAAGACGUUCGGAAGGCCCUCCAGCAGGCAUCGAGGUCGGAGUCGGACAUCAGCUUGAGCGAAAAAUUCGAUUGCGGGAAGGCGUGA